CCACUGCUGCCUGGUCUUCCAGCAAAGUAGCUAUGAGUCAGGCCUGCACGAGGGGUGGGGACCAUGCGUGUCUUAGCUGGGGGGCCUGUGGGGAAGGCCAGGAUGGGUGGGCGGCAGCCCCUCCCUGGCCUCUCAGUGUUUCCACUGUUGCUCUCCAGCCAGCCAGCAGCUUCCAGCUCCUCCUCCCAUCACUCUGGGGAAAUCAUUGGCGGCACCCCUAGUUCUGGAGCACAUCUGGCAGAACUGCCCUCUCCCUCAGGCCUGGCCCUGCCUCAGAUGACCCUGGCCCACCCUGGUCCUUGAACUGACCUUCCUCUCAUUUCCCCGCCUCUGGAGCCUAUACGCUCCUUUCAGUUAGACCCACAAUGGUGAUCAUGCCUACGUAUUUGCGGGGGGGGAGAGGCUGUAGCGUGGUUUAAGCCCUCCAAGGAGUCUAGGACCCAAGAGAAUCGAUGAAGCCAUGCCUGUGGUCCAAAACUCCUUCAGCCCAGGCCCCCCAGCCUCAUCCCCUCUCCACUGCCAAUCCGGUCUCCCUCGUGUGCCAGAGGCCACAGAAGUAGGCCACUUCUGGCUAUGGGACCUCAGGUACAAAGCCGUCUGGCUUAUCUUCUUCAUGCUGGGUCUGGGGACGCUGCUCCCGUGGAAUUUUUUCAUGACAGCCACUAGGUAUUUCACAAACCGCCUGGACGAGACCCAGAAUAUGUCCUUGGUCACUGCUGAAAACAGCAAGGACUUCCAGCCCUCAGCCACCCCCACAGUACCCUCCCCAGAGCGGAAUUAUCUCAGUGCCCUCUUCAACAAUGUCAUGACCUUAUGUGCCAUGUUGCCCUUGCUGUUUUUCACCUGCCUUAACUCUUUCCUGCAUCAGAGGAUCCCCCAGUCUGUUCGGAUCCUGGGCAGCCUGAUAGCCAUUCUCUUGGUGUUCUUGAUCACUGCUGUCCUGGUAAAGGUGCAUCUGGAUGCCGUGCCCUUCUUCGUCAUCACCAUGAUCAAGAUCAUGCUCAUUAACUCAUUCGGUGCCAUCCUGCAGGGCAGCCUGUUUGGUCUGGCUGGCCUCCUGCCCACCAGCUACACUGCCCCCAUCAUGAGUGGCCAGGGCCUGGCAGGCUUCUUCGCCUCGGUGGCCAUGAUCUGCGCCAUCGCCAGUGGCUCGGAGCUGUCAGAAAGUGCCUUUGGCUAUUUUAUCACGGCCUGUGGGGUUAUCGUUUUGGCCAUCAUCUGUUACCUAGGCCUGCCCCGACUGGAAUUCUACCGUUACUACCAGCAGCUCAAGCUUGAAGGGCCUGGAGAGCAGGAGACCAAGUUGGAUCUCAUUAGUAAAGGAGAGGACCUAAAAGCAAACAAAGAGGAGUCCAGAGUUCCAGCCCCCAACUCUGAGUCCACCAACCAAGGCCACUCUAUCCGAGCCAUCCUCAGAAACAUCUUAGUCCCGGCUCUCUCCGUCUGCUUCAUCUUCACGGUCACCAUUGGGAUGUUUCCCGCUGUGACUGCUGAGGUCCAAUCCAGCAUUGCGGGCAACAGUGCCUGGGGAGCCUACUUCAUUCCUGUGUCUUGUUUCUUGACUUUCAAUGUCUUCGACUGGCUGGGCCGGAGCCUCACAGCUAUAUUUACGUGGCCUGGGAAGGACAGCCACUGGCUGCCAAGCCUGGUGCUGGCCCGGAUAUUGUUUGUGCCCCUGCUGCUGCUGUGCAAUGUCCAGCCCCGCCGGUACCUGGCUGUGGUCUUCGAGCACGACGCCUGGUUCAUCAUCUUCAUGGCUGCCUUCGCCUUCUCCAAUGGCUACCUCGCCAGUCUCUGCAUGUGCUUCGGGCCCAAGAAAGUGAAGCCGGCUGAGGCAGAGACAGCUGGAGCCAUCAUGGCCUUCUUUCUGUCUCUGGGCCUGGCACUGGGGGCUGUCUUCUCCUUCCUGUUCCGGUCAAUUGUGUGACCAUGGAUGGAUAGAAGGACUGCAGUGGCCGCCUGCUCCUGCCCCCUUUCUUCUCCUUCAGGGACGGGCAGGAGUUUGGAGGUUUUCUCUUCUAGCUAGCCAGCUUCUUCUUUCUCACGGCCUGUUCUGGGCCCGGGUGUCCAGGCCCUGAGGAGGGAACCUCUGUGGAUGGACAGUGGGGACAUUGUGAGCCUGAGGGUCAGAAUCAAGGGAAGGGAUACAGUCUCUACAGUCUCUGCAUCUGCUCAAGGGCUGCCCCCCCCCCACCUUGGUUCUGACUGAUCCUUGCUUGAGCAGGGGAAGCAGAGACUCCUGGGCUCAGAGUGUGUGUGUGUGUGUGUGUGUGUGUGUGUGUGUGUGUGUGUUCGUGUGUGUUCAUCUGCCUAUACCAGGGGUGGCGAGGGGGCAGGACUGUCUGUUCUAAAGUCCAGUCUGACAUUUCCAUCCCUCUUCUCCCUAUGUGCCUCCUCCCCUCACAUCUCCGUGUCCCUCUCCUCCCCCUGCCUUGUUGUUACCCAUCAUGCACCUUGUACAGUUGCCAUUUUAUGCCUUUUUUUAUAUUCAACAGAAACCAGGUGCCUUCAGAGGCUCUCUGAUAAAAUAAAACUUUUUUUUUUUC